GUAGUUAUUAUCUUAAUUAUUAAAUUCGCAGAUAAAAUGUUUACGGACAAAAUCGUAUUAAUAACUGGAGCUAGUUCUGGAAUUGGUGCAGAAACAGCCGUAGAGUUCGCAAAACUUAACGCUAAGCUGGUUCUUACUGGAAGAAACAAAGAAAAUCUAGGAAAAGUUGCGAAACAAUGUGAAGAGGGUUCUAAAAGUAAACAAACACCUUUGGUGAUAAUCGCUGAUAUGAACGUGGAUACCGACGUGGAUAAUAUAAUGAAAAGUACAAUAGAGAAUUUUGGAAGACUAGACGUUCUUGUAAAUAAUGCUGGUAUUCUAGAAAGUGGAACGAUAGAAACUACCAGUUUGGCGCAGUACGAUAGAGUGAUGAACACAAAUGUUAGGGGACCAUAUUAUUUGACCAUGUUAGCUGUUCCCCAUCUGAUUAAAACUAAAGGGUCAAUCGUGAACGUAUCCAGUGUGACUGGUCUGAGAUCUUUUCCAAAUGUUUUAGCGUAUUGCAUGUCGAAGUCUGCUCUGGAUCAAUUUACAAGAUGUACCGCGCUUGAGUUAGGUCUUAAAGGUGUUAGAGUUAACGCUGUAAAUCCUGGCGUAAUUACAACUGGUAUUCAUAUGAAAUCAAGCAUGAACGAGGAGCAAUACAAGGAGUUCUUGAAAACGUGUGCCGGCACCCAUGCUUUGGGUCGAGCAGGUGACAGCAAGGAAGUGGCUUCUGUUAUAAUAUUCUUAGCCAGUGAUGCAGCCAGUAACAUCACAGGUGCUACAAUACCAGUGGACGGUGGUCGUCAUGCUAUGUGUCCACGUUAAA